UUGAGAUCCUUUCCAAACGAUGCUUACGCUCAGCAUUGCAAAGUUGUGGCUCUCAUCCGUCAAGAUAGGUUCCACGACUGCAUUGACUUUUUACAAAAGCAUCAGAUCGAUGACUAUCACCUGGAAAGGGCAUAUUGUGAAUAUCGCCUGAAUCGUUUGGUUGAGGCACUGAAAACAAUUUCAAGUUGUACCGUUGUGACUCAGGGACUUAUUGAGCUCAGAGCGCAAAUUUAUUAUCGGCUUGAGGAGUUUGAAAGGGCGAUUGAAGAGUAUGAACAGUUGCUUAAAUCGUGCAAAGAUGAUUAUCAGGAUGAGCGUCAGGCAAAUCUGAUUGCUGCAAAGGCCGCGCUCUCUUGUUUCCUAGGAAAAGAUGUGGCGUUAAACUACUCUCCGGCACUGUUUGAAACCGCAUUUAAUGCAGCUUGUUAUUACAUCGGCAAAAAGGACUACACGAAAGCACUUAAAUUCUUGAACGAGGCCGAAAGUACGGUAGUCUUUCAUCGCAUUCGACCAUUUGUAGAACUAUGUACUGAGGCUUUCGAGGACGAUACUGAUGCAACUGAGGAACAAAUCAAUGAGGAAGUUGCUCCCAUCAGCUCACUCCUUCUCGGAAAACUAGCUUCUGAUGAUCAAGUUUAUUUCGUCAUGGUUCAAAAAGGUUUUGUGCUGCAACAGCAGCAAAAGACGGAUAUUGCUUUUGAAAUCUACCAUACAAUUUUGCGUCAACGGUCUGGUGAUCCAUCUUUAAUGGUCAUAGUUUCGAAUAAUCUUAUCUGUAUUAAUAAAGACCAGAACGUCUUCGACACUCGUAAACGCAUAAAGGCUUCUUCUAUUGACGAUCUUCAUCAUAAACUCUUCCAAGCUCAACGCAGUUCUAUAUUGACGAACCAGGCCCUAUUUUAUUUCAACACCAACCAACUAGACGCCUGUGAUGCGAAACUGAAAGCCGUUUUGAACGAGGAUUCGAAUAACGUGCGAGCCACUAUGCUCUCUGCGGUUAGUUUUUUCAAAAGCAAACAGCCUGCUGCUGGCGUCCGGCUUUUGGAGAACUUUGCGAAGUCUCCGGCUUUCGAGGAAGUGGACAAAGAGGGUCGCCUCGCUGCCAUCCUCCUUCUUGUCCACCUUCAACUUAUGGCCAUUUCAGGCGUUUCUUUGGGCUCCACACCCACCGCUCCGCUGAGAGCGGGCAAACUCACCACUGAGGUGGCUGAUGCGUUAUCAGAACGGAUCCUUGCGAAACUGCUGCCUCAGGACAUAGCUAUGCUGCCUCUCGUUGCGUCGCUUCGCGUUGCUCUUCUUUUGGGCGCAGGGACUGAGGAGACAAACUGUGUUAGCGAUGUGGCACUCAAGCGCGCUAAGGGAAUUGUCUCUGAGACACUGGAGUUUUGGUCUAAGAGGUCGUCGGAUGUACGCUUUACACUCGUAUUUUCGCAUGUUUUAUAG